AUGUGUCUCCCUUUCGGAAGAAGCCAACACCGCUAUAGCUCUGGCGGCGGUGGAAUGAUGGGUCCUCGCCCUGUCAAGGUAGUUCACCACCAUCACCACGGCGGAGGUCGCAUGGGUGGAGGCAUGGGAGGUGGUCGCAUGGGAGGCGGCGGUAUGAUGGGAGGAAUGGGAGGCGGACGACGCAUGGGUGGAGACGGGGAUAGCGUCCACGCCAUGCGCAGCAACAACAAUUGA